UCAACUAACUUUCAUUGAACUCUCCACCCCACUUCACCUUUUCAGUUUUCUGUUUCUCUUAUGCAAUUCAAUAAUCAUGCCACCUCUUCUAAAAUCCCAACAAAUUCAUAAUCUGAUGAUUCCAAUUUCCAUUUUAUUAAUCUUGUAUUCACUGCCUCUGUCAAAUUCAAUAUCCUUUAAUUUCACAAGUUUUAAUCCAAAUAUGGCAGACAUAUCGUUCCAGGGCGAUGCGUUUUUGUCGCAAAAUGUUAUUCAGCUCACGAAGAACGCGAAAGACGACAACUUGACAAGUAGUGUCGGAAGAGCAAGUUAUAGAAAUCCUGUCAGGAUUUGGGAUGCUAGGACAAAAAAGCUUGCAGAUUUCACUACACAUUUCUCUUUUACAAUGAAAGCAAUCGAUCCGAAUGCUUUUGGUGACGGAAUUUCUUUUUUUAUGGCGCCAUUUAAUUCUCCGAUUCCUGAUAAUUCUAGUGGAGGGUUUCUGGCACUUUUCAGUCCUGAUAAAGCUUUCGAUUCGUCGAAAAAGAAUCAAAUUGUUGCGGUUGAGUUCGAUAGUGUCAGAAAUUCGUGGGAUCGGAGUGAAAAUCAUGUCGGUAUUAAUAUAAAUUCAAUAGAAUCUGUCACAUAUGUCAACUGGACUAGCAGUAUAAAAGAUGGCCGAGUUGCAAAUGCGUGGAUAAGUUAUAAUUCCACUAGUCAAAAUUUGAGUGUUUUUCUAACUUAUGCUCAAAAUCCUGUAUUUAAUGGUGAGUCUAAUCUUUCAUAUAUUGUUGAUUUGAGGGAAAUUUUGCCUGAAUUGGUAAGUGUAGGUUUUUCGGCUUCUACCGGUUCUUGGGUUGAAUUACAUAAUAUACUUUCUUGGAAUUUAACUUCAAACUUGGAGAUCAGUAGAAAACCGAAAAGCAAAACAGGACUCAUUGUUGCUUUAGCAGCUUCGAGUUUCGGAGUUUCUAUUUGUGGUUUAGGUUUGAUUUGGUUGGUGUAUCGGAGAAAACGGCGUGGUGUCGGAAACGAUGAUGAAAUUGUUGAUGGUUCUAUGGAUGAUGAAUUUGAAAAAGGAACCGGGCCUAAGAGGUUCACUUACCGCGACCUCUCACGCGCAACUAGCAACUUUUCUGAGGCAGGAAAGCUCGGUGAAGGAGGAUUUGGAGGCGUUUAUAAGGGACUUUUGAGCCAAUCGAAAACAGAAAUUGCAGUUAAAAGAGUCUCAAGGGGAUCAAAGCAAGGUAAAAAGGAAUACGUAUCAGAAGUGAGGAUCAUCAGCCGUUUACGACACAGAAAUUUAGUCCAACUUAUCGGUUGGUGCCACGAAAAAAACGAAUUGUUACUAGUCUACGAGUUCAUGCCUAACGGAAGCCUUGAUACCCAUCUCUUUGGAGGGGGAAUCGAGUUAGCUUGGCCUACAAGGUACAAAAUCGCGUUAGGAUUGGCUUCUGCUCUGUUAUAUCUUCAUGAAGAAUGGGAGCAAUGCGUAGUGCAUAGAGAUAUCAAAUCGAGCAAUGUCAUGUUAGAUUCCAGUUUUAACGCCAAGCUUGGCGAUUUUGGCCUAGCAAGACUAGUAGACCAUGAUCUCGGUUCACAAACGACGGUUCUGGCAGGGACCAUGGGGUAUUUAGCUCCGGAAUGUGUCACCACAGGCAAAGCUAGUAAAGAAUCAGAUGUUUACAGUUUCGGAGUAGUAGCACUCGAAAUCACUUGCGGAAGAAGACCGGUCGAUAUAAAGCAAGGACCGGAUAAAGUAAGGCUUAUAGAAUGGGUUUGGGAUCUAUAUGGAAAAGGCCAAAUUCUUGAAGCUGUGGAUAAAAUUUUGAGUAGUGAAUUUGAUGAGAGGCAAUUAGAAUGUCUGAUGACCGUUGGAUUAUGGUGUUGCCAUCCUGAUUUGAAUCAUCGACCGUCGAUUCGGCAAGUGAUAAAUGUUCUGAAUUUUGAAGCUCCAUUGCCUAGUCUUCCUGCUAAAUUGCCUGUGCCAAUGUACUAUGCACCUCCACUGGAUAUGUGCAAAUUUUCAUACACAUCAGGUUUCACAAAUACUGGAAGCACUUGUUCUACAAAUUCCUCAUUAGGGUCUGCAAAAUCUCUUUUGAAACCAAAGGAAAAUGAUGUAUAAUCUUGUAAAUUACCUUAUGUUGAUGAAGGAAAAAUUAUACCAAUGUGUCUGAAUUUUUCUGAAAAUGCUCUUUUAGUGCA